AAACCUAUAAACGGGCAAAUUUAGAAAGAGUCUGAACUCCUGUUUAAACAUGAGGGGUCUCCUGCUGUGCUGCUUUGUGGCUCUGGCCACAUGCCAAAGUCUUCGAUAUGAUGUCAGCCUGAAUCCAAAGAAAUCCUACGAAUACAGGUAUGAAGGAAUGGUGAAUUUUGGACUCGGAAAGCAAAACCUUGCAGAAUCUGGUGUAAAAAUAACCUGCAAGGUCAAGAUUACUGGUGCAUCAGAGCAAACCUAUGUCCUUCAGGUGUCUGAUUUGGCUUUUGCUGAAUACAAUGGCUUCCCGGGUAAAAAUGGUUACGACGCCUCACCGGAACUCACCAGCCGCAUUGCUGCUCAGCUCGUGAAGCCCUUCAUGUUUGAAUAUGCAAACGGCCAUGUUGGCGACAUCAGGGCCUCUCCUGAGGUCUCCACCACUAUUGUUAAUAUUGUGAGAGGGAUCCUUGAUUUCUUCCAAGUAACUGUAAAGACCACACAAAGGGUUUAUGACCUUGAGGAGGUUGGAAUCCAUGGCAAGUGUCAGAGCUAUUACACCAUUGAAGAGAACAUGGAAGCAAAGAACGUCACCAUCAGUCAGGUUGUGGAUGUUACAAAGUGCAGGGAGAAGGCAGAAAAGUACAAAGGGAUGGCGACUGCUGUGGUGGACAAACUUUCCAAACAGAGAGGGGAGUCGGUUUAUUCAACUGUGAGAAAUGUUUAUACCAUCAAACCGACGACUGAGGGAGGUCUCCUCACCAAAGCAGAGGGUCGGGAACGACAGCACUUCACACCAUUUAAUGUCAAGGGGGGGGCUUUUAAGAUGCAAGCGACGAAAGAGUUGGUUCUGCUUGGUGUGUCCGACACUGCAUCAACCCCCACGUUUGGACCAAUGGAAAGCAAAGGCGAUAUCAUUUUCAAGUUUGCAAACAUAAACUACAAUUUCCCAAUUCUCAUGCAGAACCUCGAGGACCCCAUUCCAAAGAUUACUAAACUCAUCAAGAGACUGGCUGCAGCAAACAGUUACCAGGUCGACAGUGCAUCAACCGAAGAUUGCAUGAAGUUGUAUCAGCUUAUGAAAGUUGUGCCAUUUGAGGGAUUGACUGUUCUGUGGAAAGAAUUUGAGGGAAAUCCAGAGCAGAGGCGCUGGUUUUUGGAUGUGACUGUAGAAAUUGGUGAUGCCAGAACUUUCAACUUCCUGAAAAGUAGGUUCCAGGCAAGAGAUUUGACUCCAACUGAGGCUUGGCAAACAUAUCUGAUGGCUGUUGAACAUCUUGAGGCAACUCUGGAGCUGGUUGAAAUCUCAAAAGAGUUUCUGAGAAUACCAUACAGCAAAUCUGACAUAAACUUGUGGCACACUGUGGUGCUUUCCUAUGGCUCUGUGGUGUACAAGCACUGUGCAUAUCACACACCUUGUCCAGUUUCUACAGUUCAGCCUCUGCUGGACAUGGCCACAGAGGCUCUGAGGGACAACGACAAGGAAGACAUGAUCCUGGUUCUGAAGGCUCUGGGGAACGCAGGUCAUCCUGGCAGCAUUAAAACCAUCAUGCGUUUCCUCCCUGGAGUGGCCGCCACCCCGAAGGAUCUGCCCCCUGCAGUUCAAAGUGCAGCCGUGCAGGCUAUGAGACUCAUAGCUGCCAGGGACCCUCACAGUGUACAAGACAUCACCAUGAGUCUUAUCCUGCAAAAGGACCUUCCUAGUGAGAUUCGCAUGCUGGCUUUGGUUAUCCUCUUUGAUGCCAAGCCAUCGAUGGCGGCAGUGUCAACAGUAACCGAACAUCUCCUGGAUGAGGAAGACCUUCAUGUUGCCAGCUUUGCAUACUCAUACCUGGAAGGUUUUGCCAGAUCCACUACUCCAGACAACCACUUCCUCUCCACUGCCGCGAAUGUAGCCGUGAAAAUUCUGGCUCCUAAGUUUGGCCGUCUCAGCUACUAUUACAGCAAAGCAAAGCACAUGGACUGGUUUGAUGAUGACUUCCUUAUUGGUACAGCCACUGAAAUGUACAUGAUAAGAAAUGCAGCAUACAUGUUCCCCUCUGAGGUCAUGAUGAGUGGGAAGCUACAUGUAAUUGGUAGAAUUGUGAAGCUCCUGGAUCUGGGUAUGCGUCUAGAGGGACUUAAAGAGCUGUUUGGUGCUGGCAUCCCAGGAUUUAAAGGGGAUUAUAGUUUCAGCGACUUUGAGGCUAUCCUCAGAGUGCUUGACAGCUGGGAGGACUUGCCAAACAACGAGCCCCUCUUUACAGCCUAUUCUCGUGCUUCUGGACAAGAGUGGUUCUAUGCUGACGUCAGUAAAGAUUUAUUAAGGAGUAUUAUCACGGCUCUGAAUCCGUCUGCAUGGAAAGGAAGUCCCCUGUGGGCUGCCAUCGAGUCUUUAAAAAGUGGAGCAUCGUGGCACUACUCGCGAGCUUUCUUGAUCAUAGAAGCUAGUUACUUUCUGCCAUCCACUCUUGGUCUUCCCGUGGAGAUUAGCAAAUACUAUAAUUCUAUCACUGUGAUGACUGUCAACGCUAAAGCUGUUGCGAAGCCACCACCAACGCAACAUCUGCACCAGCUUUUGAAUUCUGAAAUUGAACUGGAGACAGACGGUUUUGCUGGUGUCACAAAGGACUUUUGGGUUUUCUACGGAGUCAACACAGAGCUGUUCCAAAGUGGAUCUGAAUUCCACAACAAAGUUCCCAUCGGUCUACCAUGGAAGUUCACAACCAAAGUCAACAUUCCAGAAAAGAAAUUUGAAUUGGAGUUCCCUCCUUGUACAAAAGAGAUUCCACUUAUUUCAAUGAGAGCUGAUGUGUAUGCCAUCUCAAGAAACAUUGCAGAACCAGAUAUGCAUAAGAGGACACCGAUCAUGCCAAAUCCUACUGAAUCAAAUGCUGAGUCUCAAAAGCCAUUUUGGAACCCUAACUAUUGGCAUCCAUCCUACAACAUGUGUGCUGAGAGCGACAUCUAUGGUGUUGGCAUGUGCAUGGAAUACGAUCUGAGGAGGCAGUAUUAUCAUGAGGAGUUCCCAUUGUACUAUUUCUUAGGAUACAGCCACAUGGAACUCAAAAUUGUGCCAGUUAACACGACCAAAACUGUUGAAAAAAUCUACUUUGAGGUAAAUGCUGGCACCUUCAAACACCCAAUAAAUGCACAACUGCUCCAGAGUUUGGCACAGCUUUCUAAGGGACGGAGCUCAACACCUGAAGCUCUGUUUAAUUUCAAAGCCUUGGCAAUGGCUGGGAACCAGAAGCAUGAGGGUUAUGAUGCUGCAGUGUACUAUACACCCGAGGCAAAUGCACACAGUACCCAGCUAAUUGUGUCCCAAGUUGGAGCAAACACCAACUGGAAGAUGUGCGUUGACACUAGUGUGGAUGCUCGUCCUGAGGCAAAGACACAUCUUCGAUGGGGAGCUGAGUGCCAGUCCUAUGAAAUGUCCAUGACAGCUGGUGCUUUACAUAUGAACAGUUCCAAACCAACAUUAAUGUCUAAAGUACAAUUCGUCCGCAUCCCAGAGUACAUGGAAGAGAUGGGCAAAAGAGUGGAACGCUACAUUCCUGGAAUGGGUUUACUUCUCGGAUUCUACCAGGAAAAUGAAAGAAAUGCCAACCAGGAGGUGUCUGCGUCCAUUACUGCUGUCUCAGAAGACAGCAUUGAUGUGAAUAUUCAAUUCCCAGAGUACACUGUGUACCGCAAGGCUGUGCCACUUUCAGUUGGUUUCCAGCACAACAUGACAACACCACAAUAGACAGCUUUGGAUGAGCAUGACGUUGUAAAGUCAACAAAGCCCAGAUGGAAGCAAGAUGUCUGAUUCAUUAUCACAGACUUCAACUCACAUCUCUCCACUGAGCUAAACAUCAGGAACUUAAAAUAAACUUUACAACCAGAAAUGAAAAAGUAAUCUUUGCUAUUGCCUGUAUUACAAUGAUCUGUAUAUGGUUAGAAUGUAGUGGUUUGAAAUGAUGUUCAUACACUAACAUGAACCUUUAACCAUGAACAUGUAAAGUGUUUAUAACUGUUUGUCGAUUCGUAGUUUUCUUUUACUGCGUUUACCACAACUCUUGAUUAAAGAAAUGCAGAGAAAUCUG